ACAGCAUCAGUAAAGAUGCUUAGACAAGCCAAGCAUAUGCCUAUAAUCCCAGCAGUUGGGAGGCGGAGACGGGAGAACCAGGAAUUCUAUGCCUGUCUGAGCUCUAAGAACCUGAUUCCAGCAACCCACACACAUACCAAACACAAACCAUGUGCUUCCCGCAGGGGCACACGUCCUGUGAAGGAGUCACAGGGAGAAUGCCCUAAGAGUAGGAACUUGAAGGUUUUCUCAGAAGAGAAACUGCCAUUUAACUGCCCAACUCACCUUGCUCAGCAGCAGGAACCCUGGAAUCGGCUCAGCUCAACUCCCACGGUUACCUCCAUGAGGCGAGAUGCCUACUAUUUUGAUCCAAAGAUACCAAAGGAUGACCUGGAUUUCCGCUUAGCAGCCUUGUAUGACCACCACACUGGGGCAUUCAAGAACAAAACCGAGACACUGUUACACCAGGAGACCAUCCAGGACAUCAGUGGACGCAAGAGCCAGAUUCCUGGAGAAUGUUUCCACUCUCCUCCGGCUCCCAUCACUUCCCGAGCUAACAUCAGACACUGGAUCAACCCUAAGAGAGAAUCCAUCCACAGCAUCCAGGGAUCCAUAGUGUCUCCUCACACUGCAGCCACCAACGGAGGUUACUCCCGAAAAAAUGAUGGUGGCUUCUUCUCCACCUAGUGAUGACAACUGGGCUAGUUUCAUCACGGUGGAACACCCAGCUGUCCUUCUUCAUUAAAUAGGUUUGUUCAAGGUAAA